GAAGAAAAAGAGAGAGAAUCUAGAACCAGAAACAGAAUGAGCAGGUAGAACUGUCCACAGAUAGAAGCUCACAGGGCAACUAGACAAACACAUGGAAUGGUGUUCAGUAGAGGACACUCCAGUGUCUAAUGGAUAUUACAGCAGAUGCAACCUAGAUAAUUUCCAAAUCUCAGAGUCUAUGUGUCUCUUAUCUUCACAGAAAUUUCCAAAUGUAGACCAGAGUUAAUUUAAUUUAGAAGCACCAGCUCAUGGCUCAGCUCCCAAAAAUGCAGGAUGUCCAAGAAGAGUCAGCCAGGUACAAGAUUUCUCAAAAACAACUUCUGUACGUUUGCCCAGAAAGAUAAACCUAACUUCGACCAGAGAGACAACAUCUGUUCUUCAAUUCUGAGGUUUAUUUUUUCCCAUUUCAUUCUCAACCUCAGAUCUCCAGUCUGUGUGGAUUCAUGGCCAAGAAUAAUCUCACCAUAGUAACUGAGUUCAUCCUCAUGGGCUUUCCUAACUGUCCUGAGUUGGAGAUCCCCCUCUUCGUGGCGUUUCUGAGUUUCUAUCUGGUCACCCUUCUGGGGAACCUGGGCAUGAUCAUUCUGAUUCAGGAGGAUGUCCGGCUCCACACCCCAAUGUACUUCUUUCUGAGCCACCUCUCCCUGCUGGACACCUGCUACACCUCGGUCAUCACCCCUCAGGCCCUGGCCACCCUGGCCGCAGGCAGGACAGUCAUCUCCUAUGGCCAGUGUGCAGCCCAAUUCUUCUUCUUCACCAUCUUUGCAGGCACGGAGUGUUUCCUGCUGUCGGUGAUGGCCCUCGAUCGCUACGUGGCUGUCAGCAGCCCGCUGCUCUACACUGAGGCCAUGCCUCCCAGGAUCUGCUGGGCGCUGGUGCUCGGAGCCUACAUCUGUGGGCUAACAGGGUCCAUCCUGCGUACCUCCUGCACAUUCACCCUCUCCUUCUGUGACGACAAUCACAUCAACUUCUUCUUCUGUGACCUCCCACCCCUGCUGAAGCUGGCCUGCAGUGACACAAAAGAUGCAGAGAUUGUCAUUGUCUUUUUUGGCAACUUUGUGAUUUUGGUCAAUGCCCUGGUCAUCCUGAUUUCCUACCUGCUUAUCAUCAAGGCCGUUUUGAAGGUCAGCUCUUCAGGGGGCAGGGCUAAGGCUUUCUCCACGUGUGCCUCUCACCUCACUGCUGUGGCUCUGUUCUUCGGGACCCUUGCCUUCAUGUAUCUGCGGAGUGCUUCAGGCACAUCCCUGGAGGAAGACAAGGCGGUGUCUGUCUUCUACACUGUGGUCAUCCCCAUGCUGAACCCUCUGAUCUACAGCCUGAGAAACGCAGAUGUGAGAGCAGCCUUCAGAAAGGUCGCUGGCAGGUUCCAGGUGUCCCAGAGCAUGUAGACCUCGGUGAAAGGCUCUCUCGGUCCAUUUUGUUCCCCAUAUCAACCUGUCCUAACAGGCACCAGAAAUAUAUGCAAACUGCAUCCUCAGAGAGAUAGUAAUUACACAGGCACACGUGAAAAACUGCAAAUCAGCAGCAACGUGGAUGGACCCGGA